GCAAUAAAAAUGGGCGCACAACCCCACACAGCCUUCUUCUACGGCACCCUAAUGUCGCCCACCGUCCUCGCUCUCGCACUGCAAGCUCCCAAAUCCAAAGACUUGAAUCCCACUCCAGCAGUUCUUCCCGCCUAUACCCGACGUCGUGUGCAGAACGCUGCCUACCCCGCCAUCAUCCCAUCCACUUCAUCCCAUAGCGUGCAAGGCAUGUUGAUAUCGGGUCUUUCAGACGCUGAUAUCAAGGCUCUGGAUCGGUUCGAGGGCGACGAGUAUCAAAGAGUCGAGGUCAAAGUGCGCGUUGUGUCUUCUCUUUCUUCUGCUUCUUCACAGAGUGCCGAAGGAGAGGGGGAGGAAGUCGAAGCCGAAACGUAUAUCUGGAUUGCUGGGGAGGAUCACUUGGAGGAUGAGGAGUGGGACUUCGAGAGAUUUGUCAAGGAGGAGAUGGGGGGUUUCUUGGCUGGGGAGGGGCUGUGA